AUGAACAAAACCUGCGAAGUGUCUGUCGACCGACCAAGCCAAGACGAUACUGCAGCGAUUGGCCAGAGCGGGGGAGAGCUGCCUAAAGUUGUAACACGAUCAGGUAAAUACGGACGAUUUACUUCAAUGGAGUUCCACGAAAAGAGGAGUUGGGUGAGAUUUAGGGCACUGGCGAGAUCUGAGCCUAGCUUUUGUCCUGCAUCAUGCUUUCAUGGAACCUUUGGGAAUACAAAUGAUUUAAUCCGCGAGGUAAUUUACACAAUGGACCAAUCAGAAUUUGCCGCAUUCGAGGGCUUAUUUAUUCCCUGUUUUACGGACUUGGCAUAACGGUAAUUUAUACGUGAUA